AUGUGGCACGACUACAUGAACCUGGGCAAACUGUUGCUGAGAUCACAGAACGGGCCUGAGGUGGAGGGGUGGGAGACCCAAAAGACCCGGGCUCAAGCAGGCCCCUCACGCGCGCAAGGUGACAGUACCGGCUCCCUCAGCUGCCUGUCGGACAACAGCCUGAACGGGAGUCCUUCUGACUUCUGCAGCUUCUGUAAACAAAACGGGGAGACUGCCAGGGUGUAUCGCUCGCACAAGCUCAAAGCAGGUGACGGCAGAGUGGUGUGUCCCAUCUUGUGGAGCUACACUUGUCCAAUCUGCGAGGCCACCGGAGACAAGGCGCACACACGCAAGUACUGCCCGCUGCUCAACGGGCAUUCAAGAUUAAACAUAACACACAAAGGAGUGUAA